AUGCUGGUGGAAGGGCAGCUGGUGCUGGAUCCCACGUCGGCCAGGUCCUGCAGAAGGCUGUCCCGCAGAGGGCAGCAGCAGGCAGGAGAGCUCCUGCCUGACCGACCAGCGAGAGCUUUGGUGCGCUUCCUGCCGGGUCGUCAGCUCUGGCCGAGUAGCAGUCCCUUGGAAUCCCUGAGGAAGGCUCAGGAAAAAUUUGAAAUCUUCAACCUGGGUUUGAAGACUGGGCACAGCCUGAAGAUCAAGGGCAAGAUAUCCGAUGAUACUGAUAACUUCAGCAUCAAUCUCGGCUGCAAGUCCUCCGAUCUGGCAUUUCACUUCAAUCCCCGGUUCAAUGAGUCUGUCAUCGUCUGCAACUCCAAGUGCUCCAAUGCCUGGGAGACAGAGCAUCGUGAUGACCACCUCUGUUUCUCCAGGGGCUCCACUAUCAAAAUCGUUAUUGAAAUGCUGGAAGACAAAUUCCAAGUGAGACUGCCAGACGGGCAUGCAGUGGAGUUCCCCAACCGGCACAGCUACAGCAAGAUCAGCUACAUGAGUGUCAAGGGAGGCUUCAGGGUUGUCUCCUUCAAGCUGGACUGA